AAGCUGCUGGUGACGGGCUCGGGGCAGUCUCGCACGGGGGUGAUGAUCCCGAUCCCGCAGUACCCGCUCUACUCGGCCGCCAUCGCCGAGCUGGACGCGGUGCAGGUCAAUUAUUACCUCAACGAGGAGCGAGGCUGGGCCCUGGACGUGGCCGAGCUCAGGAGGGCGCUGGCCGAGGGCAGGAAGCACUGCUGUCCUCGGGCGCUGUGCAUCAUCAACCCGGGAAAUCCUACAGGUAAUGGGAUAUGGGGUAAUGGGAUAAUGGGAAUGGGAUAUGGGAUAAUGGGAAUGGGAUCCAGGCCAGCAGCACUGCUGUCCACGGGCACUGUGCAUCAUCAACCCGGGAAAUCCUACAGGUAAUGGGAUAAUGGGAAUGGGAU